ACGUGGGUCAGUGCUUUAUCGUACCAUCACUUCCUGCUCAGUGUAGUUUGGUUGAGAAAAACCAGAGCGCAAACAGUUCUGCAAGCCAAUGUAAUACGAAUGGAAUUCGCUUUAACAAGAUGCCUCCGGUGCAGCACAUUUCUGAAGACCAUUGGAACAUAAAAACAUACAAAUAUAUUUUUUGAAAAAAAAAAAAAAGAUUUUUCUGCAAGUGGGUUUUAAAAUCGGGGGUUUGUGCAGAGAACGUUAACACAAUGUCGAGGGGUAAUCUUUGGACAACUUUUAAGUCAGCCCUUAAAACGCCGAACGAUGGUCCGUUGGAUCUCGACGACGGCACUCCGUUUGAUUUCUCGGACGAAAUGCUGGACGAGGAGUUGCCCAAGUUCAACAGACUCAGAGUGGUGGUAUCGGAUGAGAUGAGUGACUCUUCGGUCAUCCCUCACGCUGCCUCGGCUGUCAACGGCAGACGUAUUAAUUCGGCAGUAUCUGAUGAUGAUUCUUUACUGGGUUCCUCGUCAAGCCUUCAGAACCCGGGGAUUCAUUUGGACCAGUGUGACGGGUGCACAAAGAAAAAAGAACAAUUCAAACAGAACAAAGUGAAAAAGAAGCUAGCUUUCGCUGCUAUUUUAUACUUUCUCUUUAUGAUAGGAGAACUUAUAGGUGGUUAUGUCGCCAAUAGCCUUGCGAUUAUGACCGAUGCGCUGCACAUGUUAACGGAUCUCAUCGCUAUUGUUGUGUCCUUGCUUGCAUUGUGGCUGUCGGCAAAACCACCAACUAAGAGGUUCACCUUUGGAUUGCAUCGUCUAGAGGUCAUUUCUGCUGUUAUCAGUGUAUUGCUCGUAUACAUACUCGCAGCAAUCCUGCUGUAUGAAGCUGUUCAGAGAACUAUCCACCAGGAUUUUGAUAUUGACGGUGAUGUGAUGCUCAUUACUGCUGCAGUUGGUGUUGCUGUGAAUCUAAUAAUGGGAUUCAUACUGAAUCAGUCAGGACACCUCCAUUCCCACUCCCACGGGCCCUCGCAGCACCCUGCCAGCUCAGGACAAGGGGGACAUGGGCACAGCCAUGACAAGAGUCAUGGCAGCCUGGCAGUGAGAGCUGCCUUCAUACACGCCUUGGGAGACCUGGUUCAAAGCGUCGGGGUGCUGGUGGCAGCUUAUAUCAUCCGCUUCAAGCCAGAGUACAAGAUUGCGGACCCUAUCUGCACCUAUGUGUUCUCCGUGCUUGUGCUGUUUACAACCUUACGAAUCAUGUGGGACACUGGGAUUAUUGUAUUGGAAGGUGUUCCGAAACAUUUGGAUGUGACCCGUAUCAAAGAAGAUCUAUUGAAACUUGAAGACGUGUAUUCAGUAGAUGAUCUCAAUGUCUGGGCGCUGACUGCUGGCAAAACGGCUGCAGUCGUGCAUUUGCAGCUCAUUCCAGACAGCUCAGCUAAGUGGGAAGAAGUACAAUCAAAGGCCAGGCUUCUCCUCCUGAACACAUACGGAAUGUAUAAGUGCACCAUUCAGGUGCAAAGCUUCAGGCAGAGGCUACCUCAACUGUGUAUGAAAUGCCAGAGUUCUUGUGCUUGAGGAUCCAGGUUCUUCCUGAGUGUCGCGUGUGCAGCACAGUCUGGAACAGUCAUUGGAUUUCUCAGACUUGGUUGCUAAGCUGCGGAAGUAUGGCCAGGUGACGUCACUGAGAGGUUGAGUGGAGGACAACUGCCAGCUUUCUGAGAUUUAAUACACGAAGCAGCUGAGUAAUUCUUACCUUUAUGUGGACUUAUGUAUUUGUAUUGCUACCUUAAUUCUACUUUUGGUAUAUUCUUAUUUUUAUUUGAUUAUUAUGAUAUCAUUAGAUGGGCCAGCACAUGCCCGAUGUCUUGUUUUAUUCAGGGCUUUAAUUUGCUUAUUGGUAUAUCUUCUCUUCAUUUCUGCAAAUAUUUCUUUUAAGCCAGUGGCACACAGAAGUAGCAAAGACAAAAGUGAUUCAUUUGCAUUUAUUAUUUGCAUGUUUACCUAUCUUUUUAUUUUGAUACUCCAUUCUGCAUUAGGUCAUGACCUGACAUGAAUCAAAUUAAUGACAAGCAUUGUCCAGCAUAUUGAGUUUUCUCAAUUUUUUUUUUUUUAAUAUAACAAAUAUUUGUAUUAAAAAAUAGAUAAUAUAAUCGAAAUAUCUAGGUUGACCUUCAAAUCGUACAGUCCAACCAACAUUUGCUUAUUUAAUGAUGGAUAAGUGCAAUGUCUUUAUCAAUGUUUUAUCAGUAAGCUGCAAUAAUGUAACAAUUGUAGACAUUAGUGCGAGUAUUAGUGACAAGUCGUCCCCCCCCCUUGAAACAGACAAAAACACGUGAAGUUCCGCUAGGGUCUGAUUGUUAUUCACUCAUUAGGUGACAUCACUAAGAGGUUUUGGGGGAGCUGACACAUGAUACUGCAGUAAAGUAAGUCUGACUUGCUAGCAAGACUUGCAUACUCGAGCUGAUGGGCUCAAUUAUACAUUGUUAUAGCACAGGCUAUGCAGUAUGCAUUUCUUCAGAAUGUUCUUGUAUAUAAUAAUGAUAUUUCCAAUCAAUUUGUCAUGAUACACAGACAACGCCUAUGUGCAGAAUACUUAGCAAUCCCAUCAUACCACCAACAUUGCAUUUUGUUCUUGUUCAUAUUGAGCUGAAACGUUUUUGCACUGACAGUCAGUAUUCGCCAACAAGUAUUGGGACAUGCAUACUACAUAUUCGUUUGUGUAUAAACAGCAUUUUAUCACUAUGUAUUGCAAUGCAAGGGAACUUUUUUCUUUCUGGAAGUUCACUGGCACCUCUCCAUAAAUAGAGCCUGUUGUGUGCUAAAUGAUCAGGAAGUUGGAUUCUUUGAAAUGCAUGUACAAGUGGAUGUAGGAAGCUGUGAUCAAGCCCCUAUACACCCCCUGAUUUCUUGGGGCACCCCUCUCAUAAGUGGCUGAAAGGGGUGCUUGGCAGUGGCGUGAACAGUAACUGUUUCAGCACUUUAGCCCCUCGUGAAACUCCAAACUCACUGUAAAUCAUAUGUAAUUUGUUUUUGUCUGUGAUUUGCAAUAUGUUGAAACGUGUAACCGAUAUUCAUAUCACUUACAAAAAUGCAUAUUAUUAUUAUAAUACAAUUGAUUACUUCACAAUUUCAACUGUCGCUGCUCUGAAGACUACAAUUUGACAUGUGCUGCUGUUGUCCUUCCAGUUAGUGUUAGUAGAGCUGUAAAAGGCAGACUGUGUGUGUUUGGGCGCCCCCUGGUGCAGUUGUAUAUGCAAACCAGAUACUUGAGAAUUUAUUUUAACAUGGCCGAACUUACUUUACUAUGAUAUGCAGAAGAUGAGUCUGCCGUUCUGUGCAGCCUCACUGUUUUAAUGAUGCCUAUAUUUCCAAAGCAUUUUAAUCUACAAUUUGUGCCAAUAACUCACAAAAGCUACCUUCUUGUUAUAUUGUUUUGAUGUAGAAAAGAAAGCACUUGCAACUAAAAACACAGACAUGUGACUGGUGCAAUAUGCAGUAUUUGACACAAAUUAAUCUUUAAUGUUUUUGCAAUUUCUAAAUGCAUAAAUAACAUUACUGAGUUAAAGAUGCUACAUUUAUUUUUUGGCAGGUUUUUACUUCACCUGAGAAGUAACAUUUUGUGUUAUAAGUGACAAAACUUUAUUGCAUUUAAUAAAGUUGUACAGCUGUAUAUAUCACAACUGGCAUAUUUGUUGUCACCGAGUAUAUUUACAUUUUGAAUUAAUUGUACUUGAAUACCCUCUCCAUCUCAUUUCUCAAUUAAAAUACAUACUGUGUUUGAGAGUGUCUCACUAAUAAAAUGGGACUUGUGGUUCACAUAUGUGUGUCACAGAGAGAGGCAGUAUUUCCUAGAAGUGGCUUAGCUGUUUGUAAGUCUAUAGCAGGGAGUCGUUAUAUAUGUUACACUCAUAGUCAGGAUUCGGUCAGUGACUGACACAAAUAACCAUUUUGCGAUUUGAGCACUUGACAGAUUAUCAAAGAACAAAAUGAAAGGUUACAUUUCGCAAUUUGAUUAUAUCGCUUUACUCAAAGACCGAAGAAGAUGUCUCUUCUUUUGUGUUUUGUUCUUUGCUUGUUUGAUAUUUUCCAUUUCGCAAUUUGAUCAAAAUAAUCUGCUCAAACACCAAACCUUUCAUUUUGUUCUUAAUAAUUUGUCAAUGCUGAAAUUGCGAAUUUGUCAGUCAUUGACCAAAUCCUGACUAUGAGUGCAACAUAUACAUUACAUUAUAUACACAUUUUAAAUCGUGUAGUGGGUCCAAUUCACAGAAAUGAUCAAUUCUGUAAGUGGAGGUAGGCAUGGUGCCCAAACCUGACCCAGACCUAUUUUUCCUACCUGAACUGUUUAAAAGCCAGUUCUGCUGAAAUUGCCAUUAGAGCACUACUAAAGAGAUGCAUGUAGUUCAUUGCUUUAUUAAGAAUUAAACAGGACAUUGCUGAAAUGAA